CACUUCUCCUCGACAUCCUCCUCAUGUCCACCGACAAGCUCAAGGCGCUCCUUCAGUCCAAGUCGCCAGCGAGCGCAGACGACGUGCGACUGCUGGCCACAUCCAUCUCCUCGUCCUUUCAAAAUGAAGCUGGUCUCGCUCUCCUCGCCUUAUCCAAGGUAGUGGACGCCUCCAACGCGCGCGGAGGAGACGACGCCGCCCAAGCUCAACGCAUCAAAGACACCUUCGACCCGCUCGUCUCCGAUGCCGUUGCGCAGGGCACUGAUGACCCAGAAGUCUUCGUUUCUGCCGUCUCCCUCCUCGCUGCUCUCGCCCCGCUCGCGCCCGCAGGCACGGUCGCCCUGCUCACCCAGCCGUUGGGCAUCAACAGCCGCGAGGAAGCCUCCGACAUCGACCCCCUUGGCGUACUCCUCGAACUUGCCGAGCUACCUUCACGCCUCCAGCCGGCCCUCGCCGCCCUCCUUUCCGCGCUCGCAGGCACCAAGGCUGGGCGGGGGCUUGUGCGUGACCGCGCUUUCGACUACCUGAGCGCUGCGGCCGACACCCUUGGCGGGGACACUGGCGUGCUGUGUGCUGUGGCACUCAGCAAGCUUGGUAGACCGGAUCCGCAAGUUGGCGAGCCUGAGGAACAGCGCCUUGCGCGCGACGAGCAAGCCCUCGAGGGUGAAGUACAGCUCGCGCGCACCCUUAUGAGUCACAUCAAGAGCAGCGCGUCCGCGCAGGCCAUCCUCCCCACCCUCGAGGGCCUCAGCGUGCUCUCCACUCGACCCGCCAUCCGAGAUGUACUUUGCUCCGACGCCGCCUUCCUCAAAGCCUUCCUCGCCCUCUCACCCGUGCCACAGGCCAAGGGCGGCUCGCUCCCCGUCACGCCCCGCUCGUCUAUGGGCUCGUUGGAAGAAGCCCUCGCACCUGUCGACGCAGCUUUAUGCUUUGGCAUUGCGACGGUACUUGCACACCUUGUUGCGCGCAAACCUGUGCUCUCCGAGCACGACCAGCAAAUGGAGCGGCUCCGCCGUAUGGCCAUCAGCGGCAAGACCGCCGUCGAGGCCGAGGACGAAGAUCCAGCAGAGCGCGACGACGCUGUCGAGAAGCGCGUGGUGUUUCUGCUGACAGCGGGCGUCAUCCCCGCCCUCUCUGGCCUGGUGCGCGCUGAAUCGCCGCGCGUGCGGGACGCUUUGGCCAGGAUAUGUCUGGGCCUGGUGGAGGAUCGCGCACACCGUGCGCCAUUCAUCCGCGAUGGUGGCUUCAAGGUCCUCACAACCGUCCUCCGAUCCAAUACCGGCUUGGCAGCUCCUCAGGCUUUGGCCAAGCUGGUGAUUACGACGCCACCUCAGCUCCUCUUUCCCCCGCCACUCGAGACGAACGCACUCAAUGCCUUUGCCCCACUCUACCUGUUGCUCGUUUCUCGGGACGCAUCUCUACUCCAGCAGUUCGAGUCGCUAAUGGCGCUUACGAACCUCGCGUCUAUAAAUGGACAGUUCGGCGCGCGUAUCGUUGACGCCAAGGUCGCAACGCCAGACGAGUUCAAGGGCCGGGGGCGCGGUGACACAAAGGUCAUCGACAAGGUCGAAGAGCUGAUGCUCGACGACAACAACCUUGUGCGCCGGGCCGCUACCGAACUCGUGUGCAACCUCGUCAACUCGGAGGCGGGAUAUGCGCACUUCUCGGGCGAAGCAGUCGACGCGGCGGAAGGGGACAAAGACGCCGGCAAGCCAGAAGCGAAGCGGACAGUGCGCUCGACAGCACGCCUCGGUGUGCUACUCCUGUUGACGGACGUGGACGACCUACCCACACGCCUUGCAGCGAGUGGCGCACUCGCCGUCCUCACCGAGUCAGCCACCGCAUGCGCAGCACUUUGUGCGGGCGGCGCCAUCUCCGGCUCUCAGCGCAGCGUAUGGGACCGCCUCGGCGAUCUCUUUGAGCCUGGCGGCGAGCGCCCCGAGGUCGAGGAGGGCAGCGAGGGCGUGCGCGCCGUGCAGACCAUCUCGUCGUCGCCGCCGGACGUCGGCCUCGCGCACCGCGGUGCAGUCAUCGUCGCCAACCUGCUUGAGUUUGUGCGUCAGUUGCCCGCAGCACAAGCGAAGGCUGCAAGGACUGCUAUCGCGGACAGCCGGCUCGAGGAUCGAUUGACGGAGGCGGCGCGGGCGCUCGCCAAGGACAGGCAGGGUGAGGGCGUCCAGGUUGCCAUGAUGCUUGCGCAGACUAAGAAGCUGUUUGUAGCUUGAUGCAGUAUGUGCUGGGGUGCG